AAAAAAAAAAAAAAAAAAACAGAUUGUCACAAAUUGUAAUGUUGAUCUAGUAGUUAGUUCAAAUAAAAUUCAAUCGAAUUUUCAGUUUCUUGAAAAAAAAAAAGUUCAUUGAAUCAAUCGACGAAUUUGCCGGAUAACAGAAAAAGAACACAACACGGUGCUUUAGAAUUAUAAUAAUAUUAUAUUCCAAAUUUAACUAAAGCUUUGCUGAGACGCAAACAAAAAACUCUGUGCUCACAUCCCAGCGAACGUUCGGUUAUUAAUUUGCUGAUAUAACAAGAAGAAGAAGAAGAAGGAUUGUAAUGCUCAGAUCCUUAAAAAUUGUUGAAUAGUUGGGAGAAAUGUUAUUUAUUUAUGUAUUUAACUAGGUUUCAAUUUAUCAUGGCCUGCACGGUUAUUUGUUCCAUAUGUACCGACACUUUUAAUAGUUUGGAUAAUGUUGGGUGCAUUAGCUGUGGCCAUAUAUUUCAUGAUCUCUGCAUUCGAAAUUGGAUGGAAAGAUCUAAUCUAUGCCCUAUAUGUCGCUCUUAUUAUUCGAUUAUUAAAAAAGUCUAUCUAAAUUUUGAUGGAAAUAUGGACGGUGAAGUGAAGCUUAAGCUGAAACUACAACAAGCUGAAAAUAAGAUAAAGGCAUUGCUUGAAAAAGUUGACGAAAUCGAUAAAAAGUACACAGAAUUGCAGAAAGAAUAUAAUUUAUCUGAAUCAAAUUUUCUAAGUUUACAUAAACAAUACACCGAGUUGGAUGAAAAUAAUAAAAGGAUGAACACGUGGCUAGCGGAGGUUCACGAUAUACCAUCACAAACGUGCGGAAAAUCGGUCGACUUUUGUCAGCAAGCUAUGCAACUUUAUGGCCAAAAGGCUUCAACAGAGAGAAAAGACAACACUGCAUUUCCCUUUACCUUUCCCGCUACUACCGUAAUUUACCGUAAUUCAAGAAGCGGUGGCGAUUACGAUAAACAAGGGGAUUCAAGCAGCAUUAAUUUAUUUGAAAUCAGUUCAAAUGGCAUUCGUCCGGAUACGGAAAAAGCUGUUAACAAGUCGGUAAUUGAUGGGCCCCCUGCAGUUAUGAGUAACACCAACUUCUUUGAUAAUAGUUCGGCAGUUCCUAGCACAUCGGGCAUUAAUAAAAUGUAUCCCAAAAAGUUCAGCUUAUUUUCAACGGGAACCACUAGAUCGAGUGCGCAGUCUUUGUUUACCUUUUCCUCUUCUGGUAGUAAUUCAAAAAGCGGUGGCGAUCACGAUAAACAAGAAGAUUCAAGUUGCGAUAUCGUAUUUGAAAACAAUUCAAAAGGCAUUCGUCUGGGUACGGGAAAAGUUGUUAACAAGUCGCCAAUUGAUGGUCUCCCUGCAGUUAUGCGCAACACCAACUUCUUUGAUAAUAGUUCGGCAGUUGCUAGCACAUCGGGCGUUAAUAUAAUGAAUCCCAAAAAAUUCAGCUUAUUUUCAACGGGAACCACUAGAUCCAGUGCGCAGUCAUUGUUUACCUUUUCCUCUUCUGGUAGUAUUUCAAAAGGAGAUCCGAAUUGCGAUAACUUAUUUGAAAAAAAUUUUAGAGACAUUUCUCUGGGUACGGAAAAAGCUGUUAACAACUCGGUAGUGGAUGGUCUCUCUGCAGUUAUGCCCAACACUAACUUCUUUGAUAAUGGUUCGCCAGUUGCUAGCACAUCCGCCGUUAAUAUAAGUUGUACCAAAAGCAAUAUCAACUUAUCUUCAACGGGAACGAACGAGAAUAAAACCGGAUCUAUUUUCGCAACAUCGAACCUCAACCAGAUGAAUAAUAUUACAAUAAAUUCUCAAAAGAGCCCUCUUGGUACAUUACACACCACUCCUGCCAACAAUGAAAAAUUGUCCAACAUUAGUUUCGCAUUUCCCCAUUUUCCGGCUAAGUGUAGUACUGUGGUCGCAAGUAACACUACUAAUAGUGUGUUUAUGAACGGUAAAAGGGCGUCAGCCGAUUGCAUGACAGGCGCAAGUGUAACUGCAAAUACUGUGAUUGCUUCAAUUAGUGAUAGCACGGUUAUAGCCUCCUCUACUACCGAUACUGGAAUAGAAUGGCCUAAUAAUGCUUUCAUAUUUGGCAGUGAAGAAAAUACGGAAAAUAUAAACGAAAAUCCUAGAGCUACUUUCGGUUCAUUUCCGUUCUUUGGUCCAACGGGCUGCACUUUAACCAAACCGGAAAAUUUGACUGAUCAUUUUGUAAAACUAAAGAUUAAUUCCAAUAAAUCAAAAGUGCCCGAACAACGUCCGGUAAGAAGAGUAGAUAGAAAACCUAAGAAAAACCCAUUUCAUGAUUUAAAUACGCGCUGCUUGAAGAGCGGUUUCAGUGUAACUGAUACACCAUUGAUUUUACAAAAUCAAUUGAGUCAAUCAGAUGUUAUUCCGCAUAAACAUGUAAACGCGGUCAUUUCUAAGGGGAAACAAGUAAUAAAAGUUAGCUAGGGUGCGACUUCAAUUUGUCCUUGCCUAUCGAAAAUUCACCAUAGCUGCACCAUCAACGCCAAUAACAAUAAAAGUACGAUCGAAUGGACCCGGGUGUGUUCCCUUCGUAAUCGCAUUUCUUAUCUAAUAAGCUACACAUACCAGGUUAGCACCAAGUGCCUAUGAAUGUACAUAAAUUGUGCAAACUGAAAGUAUUAUAUAUAUCUAAAUUGUUAAGAUAUUUUUAUGUAAGCACAAGUGCACUUAAGAGUUUUCUAAAAAGCCUAUAACAGCCUUAGAAGCUACUGCCUUAAGACUUGUUUUGUCUUGAAAUUUAUAUCUCUGGUUAAAUUAAUAAUAAUAUGUAAUAUGUAAUGUAAUGAAUUAAUCUUAAUUGUCUUUGCGUUUAGAAUGGAAUCAAAAAAAGCUGACGCGCAUGGAAAUCGAAAUUGUAAGGAUCAUUAAUUUAGAUGACGACGAUACAGCCAAAGUGAUCCCUCAAAACUUAGAUCUUUAAUACGAUGAUAAGCCAUUCCAAUAAUUCCUAUUCAGUAACGGAAUUACCCGUUUGCUCGAAAGGCAAUCAUUUUUCUUAUACAUUAUUUCCAGUUUCAGUUUAUCAUCAAUAGCAUUAUCUACUAUUAUUUUUCGUAUUAUCUACUUUGAUUUUUUUUCUUUUCCAUCAUUUAAUAAUCACUAGAAAUGUAUGUAAUCUAAAUUUAAAUAUUACUUAUAUGUUAAUUGAUCGCUUGUACUUAUAUACCUAUACUUAUAUGUUUUUCCGAAUUAUUCUUUAUGUAUUUGUAUUAAAAUCUUAGUUGAGUUUAUUCAUCAAUUCAAUUAUUAAAAUCUUAAUCUAGUUAAGAGACAGAUUAGUUUAUCAUUUCCAGUAUCAAUUUAUUAUAUAUCUGUUUCAACAAAGAUUUGCCUUAACUAUCUUGGCGAAAUA